AAAUGCAGCCGUAAAUGCAUUUACGACAACAAACGAAUACGAUUUACGGCAAUAUCAUGGCGGCUUACGGACAGAGUUUUGAAAGUACAAAUAAUAUUGAAGCAAGGAAGGAAUUUAAACGUAAAGCCAGAGAGCAGGUUCUAUGUGAGGCCAAGGAGAAGUAUGAGAGGGAGGAGAAGAGGAAGGAACUAAAGCGGGAGAGGGGCGAGGACACCUGGAUGCUCCCGGAGGUGGACCGGCGGCUGCAGCAGCUAGACCAGGAGCAUUCGGGUAAAAGCAAGAAGAAGAAAGAGAAAAAGUCUAAAAAGAGUAAAAAGGAGAAGAAGAAAAAAGAUAAGAAGGAAAAGAAGUCGGCAAAGGAAGAUGAUUCCAGCGACAGCUCUGAGGACCUGGAGGGUGAGUGGGUGGAGGCUCCGGCUCACCCGGACGUCUCCCAGAAAGCCUGGAAGAUCCAGGACCAGAAGAACCCAUCCACCGCCAGCCCAACGAGCGCCAGCAAGCGAGAUGAAUGGAUGACCUUUGACUUCCUGGCCAUGAAAACCACUUCCACGGAAGAGCGGAGGGCCGAGAAGGAGAAGCAGAAGGAGGCGGAGCGGGAGAAGGCCCGGUGCAUCGAGGAGGCCGGCCUGCACAAGCUGGAGCUCAACCCCUUCUGGAAGGACGGAGGGACGGGCCUGCCCCCACAGGAGAGCGCCGUGGCCCCCAUUAAAAAAGCGGCGGUGGUGGACGACGGGGGUCUAAGCUGGCUCAGGAAGUCUUAUCAGCGCAUGAGGGAGCAGGCCGAGAGAGAACAGCGCAGUCUGGAGGCUGUGGUAGCAGAGAGAUAUGGGUCCAUGGAGCAGUUCCAGAAGAGGCUGCAGGAGGCAGAAAAUGCGGCGUUCGGGCGGAGGAAAGCGCAGAGGGAGUUUGGUGGAGACAGGUGGAGGCGAGGGGGCCCCCAGGGACCCCAGAGGAGUUUCGGCGGGGACGCGGAGGCCUCCCCUCCCGGUGGCGAACACGCGGAGCGAGAGCGGGGACGGGCCGACGGCCGGGGAGCGCGCAGAGACGGGCACGUAGACAGGGGGCGGGACUCCCGUUACCACAGAGGAGGCGACAGGCUCAGGGACGGCCGGCCAGAGGACUCUGAGAGGGGACGCAGGGAGGAUCGUGGGCGGAGUCACGAGGAUCGCCCACGCAGAGAGAGCCCUCACUGGGGGCGGAGUCACGAGGAUCGCCCACGCAGAGAGAGCCCUCACAGGGGGCGGAGUCAUGAUGAUCCCCCAUGCAGAGAGUGCCCUCACAGGGGGCGGAGUCACGAUGAUCCCCCACGCAGAGAGAGCCCUCACAGGGGGCGGAGUCAAGAUGAUCCCCCACGCAGAGAGAGCCCUCACAGGGGGCGGAGUCACGAGGACCCCCCACGCAGAGAGAGCCCUCACAGGGGGCGGAGUCACGAUGAUCCCCCACGCAGAGAGAGCCCUCGCAGGGGGCGGAGUCACGAUGAUCCCCCACGCAGAGAGAGCCCUCGCAGGGGGCGGAGUCACGAUGAUCCCCCACGCAGAGAGAGCCCUCACAGGGGGCGGAGUCGUGAGGAUGCCCCACGCAGAGAGAGUCCACAAGGGGUCCAGAGACGCGACAGAUCUCCCCCGGCCCUCGGGUCCCUGAGGGCCAAGUUCCUGAAGCCCACCGCGAUCGAGGAGGACACGUGGACCGGUUGGGCCCGGAAAAGCGAAGCCGCCCCCACGUCGGCCUCCUCGGGGUUCCUCCGACCCAGCGACGACGACGGGGAGGCGAAGCUGAGUGGAACUCCGGCCUGGAAGAAGCCCAGCUUCAGAGAGCCGGAUCCAGAGGGGGCCCCGGAGCAAGCUCCCCAACCUGAGCUCAAACACUGCAGAGGGGGGCACACCUCGCCCCAGCAGCAGCCAGACAGGGAGGCUAACACUGCCCUGCAGGAGAGCCACAGCCACAGCCACAGGUCCACAGCCACGCCUCCCAGAAGCUCUUCUGGCCCCGCCCAAGCCUCAGAAAGUGAGGAGGAGGAGGAGGAGGAUGUCCAGAUCCUCAGCGAUGAAGAGAUGAACAAAUUAGGGGCGAAGCUGGUGAAGGCCGAGCUGAUGGGAAACACGGCCCUGGUGGAGAAGCUGAAGGCACAGCUGGAGUCGGCCCGGAAAGCCAAGGAGAGCAGAGCUCAGAAGGGCCCUGCCUCAGUUCCAAACAGCAAGGUUUCGGGACGCGUGGAGGAAGACCAGGAAGUGGUUCUCUUCAGGACGGACCAGGCUGGCCGGGCGUGGCCCGUCAAUGCCCCGUCGGAACCCCUGGAGCCCAGAGGAGGGCGCAGGAAGAAGAAGGCGAUGGAGACACACCGGGACGGGGAGCGCGUGCGCUACUUCCAAGACGACGACGGGACGGACCUGCGGGAGAUGGUGCGGAGGGAGAAGAUGACCACCAGCGAGGACCAGAACGCCCUCUACUCCCGCAUGGCGGCCAAGAUGAUGGGGAAGCAGGACGGGGAUAACUACACCCUGGACGACAUGUUUGUGUCCAGCGCGGCCCAGAGGGAGCGCUCGGGCCAGGAGGAGGAGCGCCAGAGGAGCAGGGCCAUCCAGGAGCACCAGCGCUGGGCCUCCUGCAUGCAGAAGUGCCCCUACUGCUUCGACAGCCCCGAGCUGCCCAAGCACCUCGUCAUCGCCAUCGGAGCCAAGGUGUACCUGUGCCUGCCAAACUGUGUGUCCCUGGCUGAGGGCCACUGCCUGAUCGCCCCCCUGCACCACCACUGUGCCGCCACCGGCCUGGACGAGGACGUGUGGGCCGAGAUUCAGAUGUUCCGCAAGGCCUUGGUGAAGAUGUUCCAGGACCAGGACCAGGACUGCGUGUUCCUGGAGACGCAUAGGAACCCAAAGAACCGCCGGCACAUGGUGUAUGAGUGCAUUCCCCUGCCCAGAGAGCUGGGUGACAUGGCGCCCAUCUACUUCAAGAAAGCUCUGAUGGAGUCCGAUGAGGAAUGGGCCAUGAACAAGAAGGUGGUGGACCUCUCCUCCAGAGACAUUCGUCGAGCCAUUCCCAAGGGUCUUCCUUACUUCUCUGUGGAUUUUGGGCUUCAAGGUGGUUUUGCUCACGUCAUAGAGAACGAGCAGAAGUUCCCUCAUUAUUUCGGAAAGGAGAUUAUCGGGGGAAUGCUGGACCUGGAGCCCAGGCGAUGGCGGAAGCCAAUUCGAGAGAACUUUGAUGACCAGCGGAAGAAGGUUCUGGAGUUUGCCCAGUGGUGGAAGCCUUUUGACUGCACUAAGGCUGCCAGCUGAUGCGCUGGGACACUGCUCUUAACUCGUCCUCUUUGUCUUUAUUUUGUAAAUGUUGGGAUACUGAUAGAUGCACAUCAAACGUAAAAGUAUUGCCGUAAUAUUUUUAAAUGACGUUCAUGGUGUUUUAAAAAAGUAAUAAAAAGCUGAACACAUGUCUGGGGUGUAAUGUUCUGCAAAUGUAGAUAAUUACUAUUGAGAGUCCUGUCAUCAUGAUAUGAGGAGAGUUUUGUUUUCAUCACUCAAACUUUACACUGCGGUUACAAAACCGAUGCAUGCACCGCUGAUUCUGAGUGAAGUGUGGCGCUCCAUCAUCGGCCACUGCCGCUGAAUUACGGGCUUUAACCUAUCGGAAUGAGGUACCGGGAACGGCGCUCCUUGGCAAUCAGUGACCCUGCCCUCCUGGCUGUGCUCCUCAUCGGCUCCGUGAUUGGUUCUUUCAUACGUCUCCCACAGAGGUGUGAUCUCUUAUGCUCUUCUUCAUCCAGUGUGUGAACGGGCAUUUUCAACUGAGAUUUCAUUCCUGUCUGGUCUUCUGGAGGUUUAACCCUUUGCCUGGCCGAGUAGGGGUUUCGUAAGGACAGACCGCAUUUGUCCACUCUUGGCCUUGCUGAUCCGAAAUCCUGAAGGUUGAAUGUUUCACUGCAAUUAGUGAGCGAUUGCACAGAGCACUAGUGGUCUUAAGAUGACUUAGUGACUCCAGUGAAGUAAUUAAGAUCAGGGUUUGAACUAAGACCAGAAAUUGAGGUCAUGUUACUCCACGUGAGUUUUUUUAAGCGUCUGGGCUGAGGCUGUGUGAUCUUCACUGGCUGGCUUAUUUCCAUUGGUAUUGAUUGCUAAAGAUGAUGUCAGAGAAGAAGGAGAGACGCGAUCACAUGGGAGAGCGAUGCCAGGCAGGUGCGGCUGAAUGCCAACAGAGGGAGUUGUGGCUGUAGAGAUGUGCAUCAUUCUGUCAGACUGCGCUCUGAAGAGGAGUCAGGAUUCACUGUGGCUCUGAGUGGGGGCUGAUUUAAUGUAUGUACCUCCAGAAAAUACACACUGAAAAAGGGGAAUAUUUCAGCAUGGGCCACAUAAGCACAGAUAUGUUUUUUUUAACUAGCUGUGUGUGUGUCCACAGUAAUAUAAAAAGCACAGAAUGGUUUCCAAUUCAGAGAAACUAAGUAAUAUACUUAAGAACCACCUAAAGUGCUGUAAAAGCAUACAGAUGUCCCCUAAACAAGAGAGAAAGCCUUGUGAAAGCAAGGUGUUUUUAAACUUGGUCAGCUUCUGUGAAAUUGAGUAGUUUAAGUACAUCACAAGAUUAACUGACAUCAAGCUCCUAUUUCACAAACUUGUAUGAGCUGAGGUUGGAAGGUAAAAAAUCUCUGUUCAAAGCCAUGGAGAGUUGCGCUUAAACCUGGCUUAAUGCUUCCCUUAUAUCUGGCCCUGGACUCUGGUUACCUGUAUACAAUCUCUAAAAUUGGACCUCAUUAUAUAUUGUUUGGUUUGAUCAGUAACCUGGGGAGAACCUGUUUGUAUGUGAACAUUUAAAAAAAAUAAAAUAAUAAUGUUCA